GAAAUGCGUCUUGAGCGGGAUGGACCACGUGGCGAUCCGUACUAAUUCGACCGUUGUGAGAAAUUCUUAUUCAAAGUGUCUCCAUAGAUCCGUUCCUUUCUUUGUCCAUCUUCAUCUGCAUACCAAAUCAACCAUUCACUUACUUACGUACUCUCUCUCCCUCAAUGGCGAUUGCUGCAGAGCAAGAGAAGACUUAUUCGGGGGUUUCGGCAACCGAGAAAAAAAGAUGGACUCUAAAUGACUUUGAUAUUGGAAAGCCUCUUGGACGAGGAAAGUUUGGUCACGUCUAUUUGGCUAGAGAAAAGAGGAGCAAUCAUAUAGUGGCUCUAAAAGUGCUAUUCAAGAGCCAGCUGCAGCAGUCACAGGUUGAACAUCAGCUACGACGGGAAGUUGAAAUACAAAGUCAUCUUCGACAUCCCAACAUAUUACGGCUUUUUGGUUACUUCUAUGAUCAGAAACGAGUUUACUUGAUAUUAGAAUAUGCAGCGAAGGGUGAACUUUAUAAGGAACUUCAGAAGUGUAAAUACUUCAGUGAAAGACGUGCUGCUACGUAUGUUGCAUCAUUAGCUCGGGCUCUCAUUUAUUGUCAUGGAAAGCAUGUAAUACACAGAGAUAUCAAGCCAGAGAACCUGUUAAUUGGUGCACAGGGUGAGCUAAAGAUUGCAGAUUUUGGAUGGUCAGUGCACACAUUUAACCGUAGGCGUACCAUGUGUGGCACACUGGAUUAUCUUCCGCCUGAGAUGGUGGAAAGUGUUGAACAUGAUGCUAGUGUGGAUAUCUGGAGCCUUGGUGUUCUGUGCUAUGAAUUUCUUUAUGGUGUCCCUCCUUUUGAGGCCAAGGAACACUCUGAUACGUAUAGAAGGAUUGUCCAAGUGGAUUUGAAGUUUCCUCCUAAACCAAUUGUGUCUUCUGGCGCUAAGGACCUCAUUAGUCAGAUGCUUGUCAAGGAAUCUGCACAGCGCCUACCACUACACAAGCUUCUAGAGCAUCCAUGGAUCAUACAAAAUGCUGAUCCCUCUGGCAUCUAUAGGGGUUGUUGAGUUAAAUUGCUGGUUGGAGAACCUUUUUUAAUUUCUUGAUGACUUUCAGGAACUUUCUUGCUGGGUCAUCUUUACUGAAACAACAUUGUGACAGAAGGAAGGGAUUCCUUGUGUGAUGAAAAUAUCCAGACCUCUGAUGACUUGUUAUGGUUCAUCACUUUACAUAUCCUUAUAUGCAGUUUGAUUGCAUAGGCAGUCUCCAAGAUUGUGGAAAUAAAACUAUUGGUUUGCCGAAAAUUUUAACAUUCAUUUGUAUUCUAAUUAUCAUGUUGUAUUUUUAUCCAUCGGAGCAACAACUGUAUUCUUUGUAGUUUCUUUUGCCAUACCCUAGUGCAAUGCAGUCAAUCGUCAUUGUCAUUUUGGUUUUUGACCAGUGAUAAUAAUA